AUGAGUGGACACUCGAACGCGACAAUCUGGCAAUCGAUCAGGGGCAACCCCAAGGUCUUGUUCAUCGCCUUGUUCGCCUCGUCUCUGGACAUAACGCUGAGACUCUACCAAGCUAACCCUUGCAUGUANGGCCAGUCAUUGGUCAUGACCCGAUUCACUGAGAAUUUUCCUUCCGUUGUUAAAUCUGCUGGAGCCACCGGUUGGCUUACUUCGGUCCUCCAACUCGGUGGUCUUCUCGGAUCGCUUACAGCUGGUGUUUUGAGCGAGCUCAUCUCAAGAAAAUACACCAUGUUUGUGGCCUGCUGUUGGGUCAUCUUGGGCAGUUUUCUCUAUGUCGGUGCUCAGCCUGGUACACCAUCACUUCUGUAUGCCGGCAGAUUCUUUACUGGUGUUGGCGUUGGACUUUUCAGUGGUGUUGGACCUCUGUACAAUGCUGAACUUUCGGCUCCUCACAUGAGAGGAAUGCUUGUAUCGUUUUACCAACUCGCAACAAUUCUUGGUAUCAUGCUUUCUUUCUGGGUUGGAUACGGCGCCAACUACAUCGGUGGCACCGGCGAAGGCCAGUCGAAUCUCGCAUGGCGUCUCCCUUCUAUCAUUCAGGGCAUUCCCGCUGUCUGUCUUGCUGUUGGCAUCUGGUUCAUGCCAUUCUCACCCAGAUGGCUGGUUAAGAUGGGCCGUGAUGAUGAAGCCAGAAACACGCUCGCUUGGCUGCGCAAACUCCCAAUCGACCACGAUGAAGUCGACGCCGAAUACCUCGAGAUCAAAGCGGAAGCACUGUUCGAACAGAAGGCAUUUGCUCGUGACUUCCCUGCUCUUGCUGAGCAAGGCCAGAACCGCCUCAAGCAUCAAUUCGCACAGUACCGUAUGUGCUUCAAAACGAUGGACAACUUCAAGCGCAUCUGUACCGCAUGGCUUGUCAUGUUCUGGCAGCAGUGGUCUGGUAUUGACGCAAUUAUUUACUAUGCAUCGAACGUCUUCAUUAGUCUCGGCCUUACAGGUGGCACAAAUGCUCUGUUGGCCACCGGUGUCACUGGAGUAGUCUUCCUCAUCAGCACUAUUCCUGCCAUGUUGAUCAUUGACCGAGUGGGUCGUAAGCCCAUGUUGCUGGUAGGCUCUGUCGUCAUGGGAGUCUGUAUGAUUAUCGUCGGCAUCAUCGUAGCCAAAUUCAGUCACGACUGGCCUGCUCACGUCGCCGCUGGUUGGACUGCAGUCGCUCUCAUCUGGGUCUAUAUCGCAGGCUUCGGAGCAACAUGGGGCCCUGUGUCCUGGACGCUCGUUUCCGAGAUCUUCCCUCUCUCUAUCAGGNNAGCAAAGGGCGCUUCAAUCGGUGCCUCAUCAAACUGGCUCAACAACUUCGCUAUUGCUUUCUUCGUUCCCCCCAUGUUGAAAGCAUGGCAUUGGGGCACAUACAUCUUCUUCAGCGUCUUCCUUGCCGGCGCUAUUGUGUGGGUGUGGUUCUGCCUUCCUGAGACCAAGAAUGCCACUCUGGAAGAGAUGGACCGUGUCUUCAACAGUCAGGCUGGUGAAAGAGACGCCGCACUUCUUAGAGAAGCCAAACAGGAGGUCAGCAUGCUUGCGAUCAAGGUGGAGAAGGGUGAAAAGGGUCAUGUAGAGGAGAUAAUGGUCUGA